UACUAUGGCAUGACGCAGUGUCUCCGGUACGACGAGCGGUACGUGUACGUGAAAGGAAACACUCUACUUGAGCCAAAGUCAUAACGCUUCACAAAGGCUGGCAUUCUGUACCACCUGUAAACCAUACAAUCGCAAUGAGAUAACUUUCUGGUAAGGUAUCUCUAUUCAAGUAGCAGGUAUGACCCGCGCUUCCCAAACGUAUCAAACAGGCUGGUGAUUCAGUUACUAAGUGGUGACAGUAUGAGCGAUCUUCGAGGGACAUUUACAUGGGGGAGGUGAAGAAACGUGCCCAACACGUGAAGGGCAGUCGAUUUUUGAAUGCGCAUCACGUCGAAAUUUUGGUUGCGCGCCAUUUUUCGUGCGUCUCGACGUCAACGGGCACAACAAGAUUAGAGAGUAACAUUUUUGUGGGACGUCCCACAUGUGUCCCUAACGAGCCGCAGAGUGCCAGAAGGAGGCGUGAAGCAAAUGUGCUGAUGUACCGAUGAUGAUAACCGUUGGUGGUGUGUAUAUUGCCGCGGUCCAAAAAUGAGGCAGUCCACUAAGCAGAUCUCUGGUGUCUGUCUGCGCUUGUCUUAUCGCGCCAGUAAAAAAAAAAAUCCGGUGCAUGAUUGAACCGUGUACACUUGCUCGUGCUUGACGAACGACGAAGACGACCGGGUGCGAGUUGUUGUUUUGAUGAUGACACAGUUUAAUUCAGCAUCUUCAGCUUCUUGCUGCGCGUGUUGGCAGUUGAGGAUAGUUGUAGGGUAUGAUUUUGCAGUAGAGAGUCGAAAAAUAUGCACGGCGUCAAGCGGGUGAUUGCCUUCUGCAUCCUGACCGCCGUCCUGCCGGCCUCGCUCAUCAUUCUCCCACUCUACCUGCGCCACACGGUGUUUGCGGACGUGGUCUAUCCGAUCGCCGAGUCGGACAUUAUCGAAAUCCGCGAUGGCAUCUCGUCCGUGUUCUGCCAGAAGCACACGCUGCAGAUGAACAGCACGUUCAACGCGUUCCAGCUCGACCACGAACCGGAAGUGUCGAAGAACCGCAAGCACAUACGGUUGAAAAAGUCCAUGUCCCUGCCGGACGAUACGCUCGAGUACUGGGGCUUCUAUCUGCUGAAGGGGGCGACUGUUGCGCUGAAGGUUUGCUCCCGGUACGACGGCUCCCGCAUACUGGUUGUGAAGGGUGAGCGCAAUCUGCGGACGUGCGGGCUGCUCGAGCACAACAACAACAAGAUCGACAACUACCUCAACAAGGAACACGGCCAGGUGCUGGUCACGUUCGAGUCGGCGGCCGAGUUUAUCGAGUAUUCGGGUGAGCAGAAGGGGCUGCCCAAGCUGCCCGUCGAUGGCAAUCAUGGUGGAGAAGAUUUAACGGAGGAGCGCUUAUCACCCGAAGAGUCUGCCUCGCUGUUGCAUCGUUUGCAUACCUCCAAGGAGGCACGUGCCCAGCACGCUCGCACCACGGACAACGAGCUGGACAAGAACAAACGGACGACGGCGUACGACAGCUCGGGAAGGAAAGUGCACCAUGCUACGACGAAACGGAUCGGCCGGCCAGUGUCGGUCACGACAAAGAAUGUCCAGACGCCGCCAAGCACAACGACGACUACGACCACCACGACCACCACGACCGAGCGACCGUCGAGCACGACGGAAAAUCUCGUCAAGAAGUAUCGCAACUUCCGUGCUACCGAGGCGGGACCUUCCUCGGUCGAUGAUGAUGGUACUGAUGAUGGUAGCGGCAUUCAUCGGAAGCGCCACGGGCACAACAAAACCGGCCAUCGGCAGCACCCGGAGGGGGAACAGAUUGUCCAACCGGACAGUGUGGAUCGGUCGGAGCAGCAACAGCAGCAGCAGCGGCCUGCAAAUGGUCAAAGCCGCCGGCGCAGACGAAGGCGUGAUCUGGUGUACGAUCGGGCGAUCAAUCAUGGCGGCACGGCAAUGAACCAUUCCAACAAUACGUCCGAUUCGGUGUCCAGUUUUGAGAACAGCUUGCUUUCCUGCUAUGACGGUGAUAUCCUGUUGGCGCAUAGUUUCCCACCGAGCAAAUCGUGCCAAAGCGUCCGGUAUCUCGAGGGCGCAUCGCAUACCGUCACCAAGCACGAGGUGGUGUCGGAUGGGUACUACUAUUACAUCUUCUACAGCGACAACGACUACGUGCAGAACGACAUCCACGCGAUGUUCGACAUCUACAAGCCGACGUUCCAGUACUCGAACAUCUCCGACUCGAAGGCGUGCAUCAACAGCACGCACUGCUCGUUCCCGAUCACCUUCUGGUCGAACGAGCGGGUGAUCGUGGAGGUGCCGACGCGCGACGGUAUCGAACACGAGGAGGAUGAUAUUACGUUUCUCGUGUCCACGUGCCAUCCGCGCAUGGCGAUCUACAUCAUCUUCCCCGUCAGUGUGCUGAUACUUGUGCUGACGUGUGCCUUCCUGUAAGGUGCAGCUGUGUUCCACUCAGGAGUGUGCUGGUUUGGAGAGUAUUGGUUGAUUAUGCCUCAUUACGUAUAAGGAUACAAUUCAUUCGUUAAAGUGCACCGGCAAGAUUUCAAACGAGAUAGGUGAUGAAAACUCAACACCAGUAGGUUAUUCGAAAAGGAAGGGAUUAGCUGCAAACAAAAUAUAGUUCAUGGUUUUGUAUAGAGAGUAUAGCGGAAAGUGCAAUAGUUGUAAGAUUGCUCCAAAGAAUCUUGUUCAUUUGCUGAGGAUGCAGCGAUCGGGAUAAAAGUGAGAUUAUCAGCCAAACUGUUAGCUGCAAUGAGUACAACAAAUGAUUCUACAUACAAUAGAAUGCAUACAUGUAUAUUACUAUCCUUUUUUGAGUUCUAGAAUUUUACUAGACAUCAUCAGACAGACGAGAUGGAUCCACUAAAGGCUAAAAGAAACAUAUAGAGAGGCGGAAAGAGUUGUAAAUUCGAUACUAAGCUAGUCGCAAAACAGAUGAGUAUAGACAUUAAAAACAGAGGAAUAACAAAACACACAGAUGCCCUAUGAAUCUAGAAUCAGGGAUAAUAUGUGGUAAGACAGACGGGAAUGAAAAUGAACGUAAUAAUGGUUUUAUUUGAUAAUAAUUGAGCAAGCAAUUAUUAUUUGGAUUGUUUUUUCGUUUACAGCGCAACAUAUAGAAGUUAAGUGAAUGUAGUUUAGAUUGUCCUCUAAAUUAUUGUAUAUAAUUUUGGCUUUUUUAUUCGGGGCUAACAAGAGGCUAUUUCUGACAUUUUGGUCACUACCAGAAGAAAUGAUAUAUUCCACACAAAAAAGAUUUUGCAAAUUUUUAAAAAUACGCCUCUUUUGAUUUCGUACAGAAUUGUGCAGCUGUUUCGUACAGGUACUCUCAGUAUAAUAUUCAAGCAGCAGCAUCAUGCCUGUUUUACAGUACAAGUGUAUAAAGACAAUAGGUACAGGCGCUGGAGUGUUUAGUGAAGGAAGGUAGCACUAGGACAUUGAGAACAUCGUGCAAUUGCAAACAUUACCUCACCAGUACUUGUAAAAGGCUUCGAUGGUAACGAAUCUUAGCUAGAUGAGUCACGUUUUGCACCUCAAUUGUAGGCUAAUUUGAGACGCGCAAGAGAUCAUAUCAUAUCAUAGCUGCAAAACCCAUACCCGGAUGCUGCAAAAUCUAGUGAAUGAUGCAAUGUUAUUGCAAAUGAAUUUUGUUUUAACUUCCAUGUGCUUGAUGCAAUGUCACACUUUAAUUCAAUAAUUGUGAUAUAAAAAACAACAACAUACAAACACAACUGACGAGUGGAUACGAGUGUUGAAACGGCUUAUUACGCUGUACCAUGCAGAAGGUAGUUACCGAUGGCAGCCAAAGGAAAAGAUUUUUUUUUUACAAAAGCGUGUAGGCGUCCAUACAGAUAAGAAUCAAGCAGAGGCUAUGUAGCGUUAUAAAGAAGCAUUAAAUUCACAAAACAUGACUGUGAGUUUUUUUAUGAAAUAAAUCAUAAGAUUGAUUAUUUUUUCGUUACCAUAA